AUGGGUGAUGAGGAAUAUCGUUUCUCCCAAGAUCCGUUUCCUCUAUAUCCGGGUGAAGUGCUUAAAGAUAGCAUCAAGCCUCUUCCAAUAGUUCUUCCAAACACAGCUUUGAGGUUGCGAGCACUUUCAGAUUUUGAAGAUGGAGGUAUUAAGCGCACAGCUGGGGAUGAAUGGCUAUUUGAAGGUCCAGGAACUUAUUAUCCUAGGAAAGAAGUCGAAGUUGUGAAGUGUGAAGAAGCCAAAGUGAUUCUUCUUAAUUCAGCUCUUGUCAUGGAAGCCACGAGGGAUUGUACUGAUCGCAAUGGUGUUUCUCGUGUUUUCGGUGAACGGUGGCUAGUUACAACUCAGGGCGCAUACCUUCCUGGAGUUUACGAAAGGAUUGUCGAGGAGCGCAAGGCUAUUACUUUGACCGACAAACUAGCUGUAUCCGUCAGAGCUAUCAAAUCCCAUACGGACAAAUUCAAUAAAUAUCGCAAGGCUGGUGAAGAGUGGUUAAUAACAAAUGAAGAAGCAGAAUAUCAUAUCUGUGGUGCACUUGAGGAGAUUGUGGAAGAAGUUCAAGUAACUGUGCUGCGGGCUCAUCAGUAUUGUAUAAUAGUCAAUCCUUGUGAUGAGAAUGGAGUGCCUCAGUUAGGCAGGAGAGCACUGAUACGUGGGGAAAAGUCUUUUUUCCUGAGACCAGGAGAAUACUUAGAGGACGGUGUUCAAAAUACCCAUAUUCUGGGAAAUGAUGAGGGCCUGAUUCUUCGUGCCAGAGAACAGCUUAUGGACGAUAUUUUUGAGGAUGAUGCGUCAGAAGAGGGCUCCACAAAACAGAAAACAAUCUUACGUCGUCCUGGAGAUCGGUGGAUGUUACGUGGACCUAUCGAAUACGUACCUCCUGUUGAAGUUGAGGUGAUAGGACGUCGAAAAAUCAUCCCUUUAGAUUUUAAUGAGGGUGUUUACGUUCGCAAUAUGCAAACAGGACAAGUUCGUGCUGUUAUUGGUCAUGCCUAUAUGCUAAAUCAGGAUGAAGAGUUGUGGGAAAAGAAGCUUCAACCUGAUGUUGUUCAGUUGUUAUCAAUGAACUUAGACCCAUGUGCAGAUCGUGGAGUUCGAUCCUCUGGAGAAACAUCCGCUGAUUUUGAUGCAACCCGUGUGGUUACUUUUCGUGUUCCACACAAUGCUGCAGUUCAAAUUUACGACUACAAAAAUAAAAGGUCUAGAGUCGAGUUUGGACCACAUUUAGCUAUGUUGGGACCAGACGAACAGUUUACUCGUCUCAGCUUGAGUGGUGGAAAACCCAAGAAACCCAAUGUAAUUAAAACUCUUUGCUUACUCUUAGGUCCAGACUUCUGUACUGAUAUUGUUAUUGUGGAAACAGCAGAUCAUGCUCGCCUGUCUUUACAGCUAUCCUACAAUUGGGUGUUUGAUAUCUCUCCAUCGUGCAGUCAAGCUGAUGCUGCUAAGCUAUUUUCAGUUCCAGAUUUUGUUGGAGAUGCUUGCAAGGCCAUAGCAUCUCGUAUUCGUGGUACUGUUGCAUCUGUUCAGUUCGAUGAUUUUCACAAGAAUUCAUCACGAAUAAUUCGUGCCUCUGUCUUCGGAUUGGAUGAAGCGGGAAAAAUUCGAGAUCGAUUUGUAUUCCCUCAGAAUAAUCUUCACAUUACAAGUGUUGAUGUACAGUCAGUAGAGCCGGUAGACCAGCGAACGCGAGAGUCGUUGCAAAAAUCAGUUCAACUGGCUAUUGAAAUAACAACUAAUUCACAAGAAGCAGCUGCUCGUCAUGAAGCUGAAAGAAUUGAACAGGAGUCGAAAGGUCGACUAGAACGUCAAAGAAUUGAGGAUGAAGCAGCUGCUGAGGAGGCUAGACGUCAUUUACUUGAAAUUCGAAUGCAGUUGGCUGCUCUUGAAAUUAGUGGCCAGGCUAAAGCAGAAGCCGAGAGUCGAGUUGAAGCGAAUCGUAUUUCUAGCCAAGCUGCUAUUGAGGAAGCUAAACUUCGUGCUGAAGCUUUAUCAAUUGAAACGAAUGCAGAAUUGCAAAGACUUCAGUUAGCUCGAGAAGCGGAAAUCGCCUAUCUAAAACAAAAGAAUGAGUUGACUUUGAAAUAUAAAGCUGAUGAAGUAGAAAUUGAAAAAUCACGUUUUAUCUCAAUGGUCAAUGCACUCGGUGCAGACACCUUACGUGCUAUGGCAACAGCUGAGUCAGAUCACAACUUACGCAUGUUGAAGGCUUUAGGUCUACAGAGUACACUGAUUACAGAUGGUUCGACACCAGUAAACUUGUUAAACACUGCUCAUGGUCUUAUUGGCUCCGUUUUCGAAAGGUCGACAUGUACAAGAACCAAAGUUGACAAUGAAAAUAUAAGUGAGAAUGAAAAGUAAACCGAAACUGUUCGAAAUUUAGUUUUUUCUAUUUUUUCACUUAAACAGCUUGAUUUUUAAUUUAUUUUCACUAAUAGCUUCACAUUAUGCUUUCUCUUACUUUCAUUCCACUACUUGAAUAUCUUUCGACAAUAUACUGUUUUGUGAAAUCUACAUUUUCAGUGCUAGUGAAUGUCAGUUCUUCAUACUUAGAAGGGAUUUCCUGUUUGGGAUAUUUAUGUAUACAUAUGUCUUCCAAAGAUGCAAUAUAAUCAGUCUAUAUGUUGUCGAGGUUAAUGUAAACUCGUGUUGAGUGCUUUCCAUACAUGUGCGUAGACAUUCAGUUUUCAAAGGAUU